ACUGCACGUUGUUACGGCUGUAUACAUCUAUUAUUACGUCGCUAUAUGAAGACAUUGAUUAUAACAUAACGCUACUAGAAAAGUUAUUUCAUGAGCAUAGUGGUUAGUUGUUGUGUCACUCUAAUGGCUAGCUAACCGUAGUGAGCUAACGGGCAGGCAGAGAUGUUUGCAGACUUGUAAUGCAGGUAGCGUUAGCUUAGCAAAUGGUGAGCUAGUUAUUCUCUUGUUUACUGGUCAUGUAAUUAGUCAACACGUCAUUAUAACAUGGCUGAAUCCAAGGAAGGAACUCAGACGGAGGUAACAGACGGAGAGUCAAUGGAAGCUGUUUCAGAGCCGGGAGCAUCAGUGGAUGUCGGAGACCCAGAGCUGGUUCACGCAGCUUCUCAUAGACUCUCUGAACAUGGAGAGGAGGAUGCCUUUGUUGCUGCUUCAAAAGACAUGGAAAGUAAAGAAAUUGAACAUAAAGAAACUUUCUCCCCAGAAGAGACUGUCAACAGAGUUUUGGUUCACGGUGGUGAGCCAAGUAGCACCUCAGAGUCAGAAAGAGAAGAAGGUCCUGAGGUGAAAACUGAGGAAGAGUUUGAGUUGAAUGAAGACAAUGUGCCAGUAAAGGACAACAGCUUAGAAGAAAAUCCUGCAGGACCGAAUGUGAGCGAGGAAACAAAUAUGCACAAGACUUCUGAAGAAAUAACAAACACAGACAUAAAGAUGGACCCAGACAUUGACACUACAGAGGACAUCGACACACAGCAGGAGAAGGAGUCUCCUGGCAGUAAAUUGAGGGUUUCUACAGUGGACGACCUUGAUGAGAUGAUGGACAUUGGUACAGUGGAUCAGGUGGAACAGGAAGCUCAGAUGAAAGAGGAGCAAGAGAAUCAUUUGAUGGACGUGGAUUGCAGCCGUUCACCUGCCAUUUUAAAUACAGUCUCAGUGGCAGAGGACAGUAACUCUGUUGAGGAGGAAGUCGAUGUGAAACCCCCUGUAUUACCACUACCUGCAGAGGAGGAGCAGGAAGUGAAGGAAGUGAAAGUGGCUUUAGAGUUGAUUCGGUCCAGCUCAUCUCUGUCGUCUGAAGCCACGGCCAGUACAGGAAGAGACAGCUCAUCACCAGCGUCCGUAAUGAACGGGAUGAAAGUAGUUAAGCUGCCAAUACCAAGAUUAGAUACUGUAAGUGAAAGCGCUACAACUCAGCCAAUCAAGUCGUCUCCUUCACCGCCUUUGGUCAAGGUGAAGGAUGAGCCUAUAGAUGACGAGUAUGAUCAAGCUCUGAUAUCUUCUACAGCUACAGCAAACGUGAAGGAUGAGCCCAAUACUGCACAGGAGGACUUGAGGAUCGGAUCGGUCUUCUCUGUGACUCCUGCUGCUGAAGCACAGACGCUGCCCAUUGUCAACCCCUCAUCACUGCACAUGUCCUGUUCCCAUUGCAAGAAGAGCCUGAUGAAAGGACAGACAGCUUUCCAGAGGAAGGGCUCCCCGGCACUCUUCUGCUCCACCGCCUGUCUCACCACGUCUCUGCCCACAGCCAAGGGAGUCACGAAGAUCUGCCACAACUGCCAAAAGUUGAUAUUUCGGCCUCAGGAUGUCAUUCUGGCUCCAGAUGCUAAAGGCACCAUGAAGGAAUUCUGCAGCCAGAACUGCCUGACCGCCUUCAACUACAAGAAAAACACCUGCAACUACAAAAGAACAUCACAACAAAUUGCACCUCAGUCCCUCUGUAGCAUGUGCACCAGAUACUGCAUUAGUAAACACGAGGUGAUCCUGAGCGGUGCUGUCCACAAGAUCUGCAGUGACGCCUGCUUUAACCGCUUCCGAACAGUAAACAACCUUUCUAUGGCCGGCUGUGCAAACUGCGGCUCCUACUGCCACAACAAACCCCUCAUGCUGAAGAUGGAAGACGGCAACAAAACUCUGUGCAAUGCAGAGUGUCUGGCCAAGUACAAAGAGAACACAAAGAAAACCCAGCCUUGCACGAUGUGUCGCACGACCCGCUUGCUGGUAGAAAUGGUUGACAACAAAAACAGUGAUGACUCUGUGAACCUCUUCUGUAGCAGCAGCUGUGUGAUGGCAUUCAAGGUCCAGUCUGUCAGUGCAUCAGGUGCUCGGUUGAAUUGUGAUAGUUGUGGGAAAAACACAGUCCCGGCCUACCACCUGGCCAUGUCAGAUACCUCCAUCAGGAACUUCUGCACUCUACCUUGUGUCAUGGCUUUUCAGGAAAAGUUCAAGAAGUCCCAGAAACAGGUGAAUGUUUUUACCAAGUUGCCAAUCGGAUCCACCCAAAUCCAGAGCAUCACUCCUACCCAAGCUCUGCAAGACUUCCCCAAAGGGCCACUGAAGCUGAACUGCUCCCAGUGUGCCCGCAACGUAGCUUUUAAACCUGAACUCAUCCAGAUCGAGGACAAGAUAGUUUUCGUGUGUAGCGUGGACUGUGCUCACGAGUUCAAGAAAGACAACUAUGUGACGAGCCUGUGUGAAUACUGUAAGAUCGAAAGGAUCACCAAAGACGCCAAGAGAAUAAACAACAGAGACUGCUUCUUCUGCAGCGACGGCUGUAAGCUCCUCUUCAGACACGACCAGACCAAAAACUGGGGGAAACACUGUCACUCCUGCGUCUACUGCCACAGUGUAUCCAAGAAGUUGGUGACGGCACAGUACGGAGGCUCGACGGAGGAGUUCUGCUCUGACGAUUGCCGGUCCAAAUACACCAUGCUCUUCUGCCAUGUUGCAAAGUGUGACACGUGCAGCCGCAAAGGAAAACUGAAGCAGAGUCUUCCCAUGCUGGGAGAAGUCAAACACUUCUGUGACCUGAGUUGUCUGCUACAGUUCUGCUGUGAUAAAGUGGCCGCACAGGGCGAGAUCAUCAAAGGUACAGCGGAGGCCACACCCGUCAUCGCCAACGUCAUCUCGCUUGCAGGGACUCCAGUAGGGAAAUCAAAUGCUUCCGACAGAACUGCUCAGCACACAAACACAGGCACACUCUUUCAAUCAAAGAACUCUGGACAUAUCAGUAUUCAGACGGAUACGGUGAAAGUUCAUUCUCCUUCUGGCCCAAAAAUCCUGAAGAACAAGGCGGUGCUCUGCAGACCGCUGGUGCAGAACAAAGGGGUUUCCUGCAGAACGCAGACAGUCGAUGUCGAAUCACAGACAGACGACAUCUUUCCUAAAAUCAUGAUCGUUCCUGUCCCAGUGCCGGUGUAUGUUCCUGUACCCAUGAACUUGUACAGCCAGUAUACCCCCAAACCUGUGGGCCUGCCAUUACCGGUGCCUGUACCCAUGUUCCUUCCUGUGACAAUGGACAGCGCUGAACGCAUCUUGGAAACCAUCCAGGAGAUCAAGCAAAAGAUCCCUUCUGACCCCUUUGAGGCAGAGCUCAUCCUCAUGGCAGAGAUGGUCGCAGAACAACAUGAGAAUAAUGACAAAGAGGAGAGACCAAAGGAGAAAGUGGAAAGAGAGAGAGCGAUACAAGAAGCAGCAGCUCCAGUAGACCACGGCAGUAACUACAGUGUCGACUUGGACACCGAGGACUUGGCCAGUUUCCUCAACAACUGGGAGGACGUCUCUGAUGCAGGUUUCAGGUCUCCCAGUCGAGACCCGAUUUUAGACAUUCCUGCAGGCCUGACUAAUGAGCCUUACUCUGAGCCCCAACUUCCCAUGGACCUCGAAGCGGACGUCACUGUCGAAACUCUGGAGAGGAUGGCCCGGUUGAGAGAGCAGUCUAAGCGAUCCCCGAGCCCUCCGCCUGCUGCUUCACGACGACGACAAGCUCACAGGAAAGCCAGAGAAAAGAAGGGUCGUAAGUCCCAACGGUCGUCGUCUAAGACAGUUGAAGCGUCGACGACGCACAAGGCCGUGGCUGUAGAGGUCCCAAAACUGAAGAGUCAAUAUGGAGUUGACGCCUGGAAGCGAUGGAUCCAGUGGAGGCAAACUCAACCCAACCUGGAGAAACCACGCUUCGGUUCUCGUCCCAUAGAGUUGAAGGAGGAUGUUCUUAGCUGCACUACUGCGGAGCUGAGCUACGGACUUUGUUCUUUCAUUGCUGAGGUGAAACGACCCAAUAGAGAGCCGUACUCCCCCGACACCCUCUUCUACCUCUGCCUCGGCAUUCAACAGCAUCUGUUUGAGAACGGUCGUGUAGAGAACAUAUUCAUGGAUCGGUUCUACAGCAAGUUCUCCACUGAGUUCACUAAUAAUCUGAGAGAUUUCAAACCCUCAAUCACAGCAGCUGGUUAUAUCCACUCCCGUGUGGAGGAGGAGUUUCUGUGGGACUGUAAACAGUUGGGGGCGUACUCCCCCAUCGUCCUCCUCAACACUCUGCUCUUCUUCUGCUGCAAGUACUUUGGCUUCACCACGGUGGAGCAGCACCGCCAGCUGUCCUUCGCUCACGUCAUGCGCUGCACCAAAACUAACCAGAACAACACCAAGACCACCUUCCUGCGCUUCUACCCCCCAAUAUCCAUAAACGAGGCAGAGCCAGAUCCAGAGGUUCCUGCGAAGAGGCGUAAGGAGGAGGAGAGUAAAGAGGAUAUCCUGGAGAUGAUGGAGAACACAGAGAACCCCCUCCGCUGUCCAGUCAGACUCUACGAGUUCUAUCUCUCCAAGUGCUCGGAGUCCGUCAAGCAGCGCACCAACCUGUUCUACCUUCACCCAGAGCGCUGCUGCGUCCCCAACAGCCCCCUGUGGUUCUCCUCCGCCCUUCUGGACGACAGCACCAUGGAGAGCAUGCUCAUCCGCAUCCUCACUGUCAGAGAGCUGCAUCUCGGGGCGAAGAAAGAUGGAGGGAUAGAGCAGAAGAAACUCGAUGAUCCAUCAUUUAUACCUGCCGAGGAGGAAGAUGAAGAUGGGGAUUCAGAGUCAUGAAGAGCAGAAGUGACCUUAAUUUGGUGCAGCAGCUUGUGGUGUAAAUGUUUGUAGAUAAACUGAAAUGUUCAUUUAAACAUGGCCCAAUAUACAGAAAGAGACAGAAUAAAUCUCUCACAUGCAUAACUACAAUGUGCAGAACUGUAAAGAAAGUCAUACUUCCUAAACCACAUGUUGUGUGGUUGGGACUUUGGAUCUGAGAUGCAAGACUCGGCUCAGAAUCCAGACUAACUACUGCUCAGCAGGACACGUAGCUGUCUUUCUGAGUUUUGUUUGCUGAAUGGUUGCUUCUCCUGGAUAAUGCUACUUGUUUUGUCCUUGUAUGAAAGAGCUAUAAUGAAAAACUAUUUAGAUUUCUGUCCAGAAGACAAAGUGAAAACAGCUUUCUGUGAUGUAGAAGUAAAUUGUCGACCAUCAUGUUGUAAGACAAACCUGCCAUAUAGUUUGAUUUCUUAACAAUGCAUCAAUGCCAUGAUUUGGUGUCAGUCAAAGAGCACAUGCUUUUGCACAUUUUUCAAAUUUUUGGAAUUUCACUUCAUAACAACAUAAUUCCUGGAAUUCACAGAUUUGAUUAUACCAAAGUCUAUCAUAAUUGUGGCUUAUUCCAUUAUAUCUGCUGGUAGGUCUUUAGUUCAUUUUCUAGAGGCUUCUCCAACUUGUAAAAUGAAAAAAAAUAGAGUUUACACAAAAGAUUUAAUUCUUCAAAUAAUCUGUCUCUGAAAGGUCUGGUCCUUUUGCCUAAAUAAUAUAAAUUGACAGAUUUUGUUCACCAGUGUCCAAUUGAUGGGAUUAAAAUAAUAAUUUGGAAUUGAUUUGAGUACAUUUAAGAAAAUAAUGUUGAUUAAUGUAUCACUGUUUAAAGAGGCUGACAACUUUCAUGCCAUUUGGAAAAAUUUCACAAUUUAACCUUUUGUUAACUGAAUGCACUGAAAUGAAUAGUUUUGAGUGUUGGCAUUGUUUUGGACAUGCUGUUUUCUCGAAGCGUCAAGUGUCCUCUGAUACAUUGACUUUGCAUAACCAUGUUAUCUCAAAAAUAAAAUGCAAAUAUACUGUCUCUUCAUGUAUAUCUUGGUUAUAUUAACCCCCAUUCCUUAAAGUAUGGCUGCCAAUGUGUAUUUUCUAUUGUAUGUUGUUUUUGAAUAAAACCAUUUCAAAACGUA